AUGGCCUUCAACGGAUUUGUUGACACCCUCCGCGCCGGCAAGAAGCCGCUAUUUCCCAGCAAUGCCAACUCGGCUGAGUUUGCGGCACAACUGGACUCCCAAGAUGAGCUCGGGCAUCUCCGGAACGAUUUCAUACUUCCGACAAAGGCAUCGUUGAAGAAAACCGCCCUUGAUGGGACGAUACCAGGAGUUGCAAAGACUGCGAACGGCACAAGUAAUGGAAUCAAUGGCCAUGUGAAUGGACACAGCUUAGACUCAGAGACGCCUGGCAUCUAUUUUUGCGGCAACUCGUUGGGGUGCCAGCCUAAAGCAGUCAGAAAAUACCUGGAAGCACAAUUAGAGACAUGGGGCUCUGUUGGUGUGGAUGGUCACUUCAAGACUUUCGGCAACUCGCCUCUCGUCGCCUGGCAAGAUAUGGCCGAGGAUUGUGCGAAGAAAUCUGCCGAUAUCGUCGGUGCUUCUCCCAGCGAGAUCGUGAUCAUGAACACCCUAACGGCCAAUCUUCAUAUGCUGAUGGCCAGCUUUUACAAGCCCACGGAGAAGAAGCACAAAAUCAUUCUGGAAUGGAAACCAUUUCCCAGUGACCACUAUGCAAUCGAAUCACAAAUACAAUGGCAUGGCCUUAACCCGGCCAAGUCAAUGGUGCAGAUCCAGCCUGAUGAGAACUUUUACAUUUCCACGGAGAAAAUCCUGGCCACUAUUGACGAGCACGCAGAGGACACUGCUUUAAUCCUGCUGCCAGGUAUUCAAUAUUAUAGUGGCCAGUUGUUUGACAUUCCUACAAUCACCAAGUAUGCGCAGGAAAAAGGCCUGAUUGUCGGUUGGGAUUUGGCGCAUGCAGCUGGUAAUGUGGAACUUUCGUUGCAUGACUGGAAUGUCGAUUUUGCAGCGUGGUGCACGUAUAAGUAUAUCAAUGCCGGUACAGGAUCCAUCGCAGGUGCUUUCGUGCAUGAGAGGCACGGGAAAGUUGAGCGCGACCCAGAGUCUGGAAAGCCUACUUACAGGCACAGGUUAACCGGCUGGUAUGGUGGUGACAAGUCUGUUCGUUUCAACAUGGAUAACAACUUUCUCCCCACCGUCGGCGCUGGUGGUUUCCAGGUGUCAAAUCCUUCGGCCAUUGACUUGGCCGCACUGUCCGGUGCUCUGUCAGUCUUCAACAAAACAAACAUGAAGGCUCUGAGGUCCAAGGCAGUGGUGAUCACGGCAUAUGCUGAGCAUCUGCUCAACGAGAUUGUUGCCAGCGACAAUGGUUCAGAGCCUGCCCUGCGCAUCAUCACACCAGCGAAUUCGCUCGAAAGAGGCACACAACUCAGUGUGUUGCUGCGGCCUGGUUUGAUCGAUAAUGUCGCUCAGUCUUUUGUCGACAAUGGCAUCGUUUGCGACAAGCGUAAGCCAGACGUCAUUCGCGUCGCACCUGUUCCCUUGUACUGUACAUUUACGGAUGUAUUCAAUUUUAUGAAAAUCUUGAGAGAAGCCAUUGCCGCAAUGUAA